GCCGGCUCCUGUUCAUCUUGGCCGCCCACCCCUUCUUCCAUUCAAGGAGGAACCUCUAGUACUUCAGAGCAGGCAGGUGGAGCUAGUGCUCUGUAGUAUGGCCCCUCUGCGGUCUCUGAAGCCGUUUGCAUUUCCUGAAACCGGAUCUCCUGGGUGUCAGAGCGGCCUCCGGGUCCCAGGCUUCUCGGCCAUGGCCCUCCGUAAGGAACUCCUCAAAUCCAUCUGGUACGCCUUCACGGCCCUGGACGUGGAGAAGAGCGGCAAGGUCUCCAAGUCCCAGCUCAAGGUCUUGUCCCACAACUUGUACACGGUGCUGCACAUCCCCCAUGACCCCGUGGCCCUGGAGGAGCACUUUCGGGAUGAUGACGAUGGCCCAGUCUCCAGCCAGGGUUACAUGCCCUAUCUCAACAAAUACAUCCUGGACAAGGUGGAAGAAGGGGCUUUUGUCAAGGAGCACUUUGAUGAGUUGUGCUGGACUCUGACGGCUAAGAAGAACUAUCAGCCCAACCGAAACGGGAAAAGCACAUUGUCCAAUCAGGAUGCUUUCCGACUCUGGUGCCUCUUCAACUUCCUGUCUGAGGACAAGUAUCCCUUGGUCAUGGUACCUGAUGAGGUAGAGUACCUCUUGAAGAAAGUCCACAGCAGCAUGAGCCUAGAGAUGGGAUUUGGGGAGCUGGAAGAGCUGCUGGCCCAGGAGGUCCAAUCCCCAAGCGGGAUGAGCGUCUGGCAGUUAUUGGAACUCAUCAACUCGGGCCGAUGCCUGCGCGGUGUGGGCCGAGACACACUCAGCAUGGCCAUCCAUGAGGUCUACCAGGAGCUGAUCCAGGAUGUACUUAAGCAGGGAUACCUGUGGAAGAGGGGGCAUCUGAGACGCAACUGGGCAGAGAGGUGGUUCCAGCUAUUGCCCGGCAGCCUGUGCUACUACGGGAGUGAAGAGUGUAAGGAAAAGAGGGGAACUAUUCUCCUGGACCCUCAAUGCUGUGUGGAGGUGCUCCCGGACCGGGACGGAAAACGCUGCAUGUUCUGUGUGAAGACAGCCUCCCGCACGUACGAGAUGAGUGCCUCGGACACCCGCCAGCGCCAGGAGUGGACAGCAGCUAUCCAGACGGCGAUCCGGCUGCAGGCUGAGGGAAAGACCUCCCUUCACAAGGACCUGAAACAGAAACGUCGGGAGCAGAGGGAGCAGCGGGAGCGGCGUCGGGUGGCCAAGGAGGAAGAGAUGCUUCGGCUGCAGCAGCUGCAGGAGGAGAAGGAGCGGAAGCUGCAGGAGCUCGAGCUGCUGCAGGAGGCUCAGCGGCAGGCAGAGCGGCUGCUCCAGGAGGAGGAGGAGCGCCGGCGCAGCCAGCACCGCGAGCUGCAGGAGGCACUGGAGGAGCAGCUCCGAGAGGCUGAACAGGCCCGAGCCUCCAUGCAGGCAGAGAUGGAGAUGAAGGAAGAAGAGGCGGUUAGGCAGCGACAGCGGAUCUCGGAGCUGGAGGAGAUGCAAGAGAGGCUCCAGGAGGCCCUGCAGCUAGAGGUGAAGGCUCGACAGGAUGAGGAGUCCAUGCGCUAUGCCCAGACCAGGCUUUUAGAAGAGGAGGAGGAGAAACUGAGGCAACUGAUGCAGCUGAAGGAGGAGCAGGAACGUUACAUCGAGCAGGCCCAGCAAGAGAAGCAGGAACUGCAGCAAGAGAUGGAAAUCCAGAGCCGCUCUCUGCAGCAGGCCCAGCAACAGCUGGAGCAGGUGCGGCAGAACCGGCAGCGAGCGGAUGAGGAUGUGGAGGCUGCCCAGCGGAAGCUUCGCCAGGCCAGCACCAAUGUCAAGCACUGGAACGUCCAGAUGAGCCGACUCAUGCACCCUAUCCGGCCUGGAGACAAGCGUCCUCCCAACAGCAGCUCCUUUCCUGGCUUCCAGCCUUCCCUGCUAGCCCGGCGAGACUCCUCUCUGAAGCUUCUGUCCCGGAGGGGAUCCCAGGACAGUGAGACACUCACCACCAACAGUUGUGAGCUCCAGGAACCCCUGCACAAAGAGGAUGAAUCCUCCACCCUUGCCUCCACCUCUCAGGAAGAACAGGAGCUCAAUUUGGAACCACCCAACUAGUCCCCUAAGAGCCUCUGCCGUGACUUACACAGCUGGACUGUGGAUGAAACCAACCAUCUGCUAGAAAAGACCCUUUAGACCAGCAUGUCCAGGGAUUCCAUGUUCUCAAACGCUGUACCAGGCCAGAUGGGGUCAAAGAAAAGCUUUUCCAUGUGGCUUCUGGCCUCAGACAAUUGAGGGUCCCCAGGAUACUGUCCUAUGACUUAGCCCUAAGAGCUUAACAGUGGAAGCUGAGUUUGAGGGACCAGAGGAGGGAGAGAGGGAACCAGGGAGCCUGGAGCUCUCUGUCCCCUCUUAACCCCCCUACUCCAUCCCUCCCAGGCAACCAAUCAAUGGAUUUGUUCAUGUAUUAAAAAAAAAACAACCCUAAAUAAAACCUACUUUGAGAAUUCAUCAA